UAUAUAAUAGGCUGUGAUUGUUUCUUUUCGCAGGUGAAAGAAUUCUCUCUUAAUUUCUCAAUCGCGCGUUUUCUCUUGGUAGCUGAAUCCAUGGCGAUUUACUACAGAUUCAAGAGUGCUAAGCAGUUUGAUUCGAUUCCAGUCGAAGGGCUCUUCAUCACCGUCUCCAAUCUCAAACGAAAGGUUUUCGAACGCAAACGCUUGGAGAGGGGGACUGAUUUCGACCUGUUAAUUACCAAUGCACAAACCAACGAAGAGUACCUUGACGAAGGUUCGGCGAUAUUCAGGAAUACUGCGGUCCUAAUUCGGCGAGUCCCAGGCCUGCCUCGAAAGCCUAUUAUUGUUGAGCGUGCCGAGAAGCCAGCAGCAUCAGGGGGCUGUAUUCAGCACUCUCCUCCGUCGUGUUCGGAUUCAAGAGGUGAUGCUAAAAGGGCACAAGCCGAGGUUUCGAAGCCGGCCUUAACCGUGGGAGAUCUGCCAGAAUUAUGCUGCCCGCUGUGCAAACAAGUUAUGGAAAACGCCGUCUUCGCCAGAAAAUGCUGUUUCAGAAGUUUCUGCGAUAAAUGCAUCCGCGAGCAUGUAAGUGUCGAUUCUACGUGCGAGUGUGGAGCGCCUAGAGUUUUAGCCGAGGACUUCAUUCCAAAUAAGACUUUACGGGACAUUGUAACGUCCAUGCUGGAGUCUGCAAAAAACAUUAAGAGGCAGCAUGACCUGAAGACGGGGGAAGAAGAAGGAGAAGAUUUUGCUUUUAAGCGAAGGCGUUUGUGCUCCUCAACGAGGAUGAUUAGCUGCACCUAGAAUUUUUUUUUUUUUUUUCCCUCCUCUCGUUUUUGUGGGUAAGAGAGGGGUAUGGAAUGGCUGCAGAGAGUUGUAAACAAAUUGCU